CUCGAUUCUCAAUGAGCUGGACAUAAUAUUUGAACACGAGGUUUCCUUUCGUUUUUUAUUAUUGACGAAUUCUUACUACAUCAGUCUUUACAAUAAGCAGACAUUCAACUAUCUCUUCAACCAAUCUUUCAACCCCCCUCUAACCAACGAUUAACCCAACUCACCAUUCAACAGCAUUCACUUACAACUUCAAGAUGCCUCACAUGAAUAAAACCUCCACGAACCAGCACCACUGCCCCCUGAGGAGCAAGGGUAACUGCAGACUCGAGAAGCAAUUCAGUCUGAAGUUCUGCGUCAAGCACCUGACGGCCUGCAUUGACCAUAAAGUCGUCCACAUCAAGACCGAAGAAUGUUGGAAGUGCGAGAGACUAUCCUUUGACAUUGAGGAGAUGAAGGCUAGCAAGGAUAGAGAGGUAGACAAGAAGAAAGGCGACAAGUCGGACAAGAAAUCUCAUAAAUAAGAGCUUCAAGAGACUCCAUUCCUUUUGUUUACUUGUUCUUUCUUUAUUUCAUAAUGCUCUCGGCUUGCAAGGCGCCUUGAUUCGGAACUCCUUUCUAUAAUGGAGGGUCUUUAAGACUCAACGCCAUUAUUUAUGAACAUUCCACGACAACUUACGAUUAUUGGUCCCCUACACACGCACAAAGCCUAGGUUGUCUACAGCACUAAUAGGUAUGUGAGCUCGAAUAUCUACCUCCUCAUCUAUAAGUAUACU